AUGGAUGCGUCGAAAACUAUUGAUUUUGAUAAUAAUGAUCAAAUUCGUCUUUUAACAAAUUUACGUGAUGAUAUAAGAAUUUUACUUCAUUCACACCCAAAAGGUAUUUGGUUUCGAAUGCUACCAAAAGUAUAUUAUAUGCAUUUCAAUCGUGAUUUACAUUUGGAUUUAUUUGCUAUUACAAAUCCAUAUUUAUUUCUUGAUUAUAUAUCAGAUAUAAUAAAAUUUGAUUUACCUGACAAUUUAAAUGAAGAAGAUUUUAUUAUUGAAUUAAAUAAGGAUCAAAAACAAAUAUUACAAACAUCAAUGCAAUAUAUGGAUUUAAAAUUGAGACGAGAUGUUUUAUUGAAAAUGUUGCAAAGUGCAAGUUCUGAAAAACGUGGUUCAUUAUUACGUGAAAUUUGUAUUAUUGAUGAACAUUUAAAAUAUGUCAAUCAUGAGAAGGAAGUGUCUCCUUCACCAAAAAUACCAACUCAUGAACAAGUAACUUUGCGUCUUCAAAAGAUACGUUCAAUGAUUGAUUUUAGUCUUAAUUAUCUUCUUAAAACACCAAAUGAAAUAUCUGAUGAUGAAUUAAUUGAACUCUAUGGUAGUUCAGAUGAAUUUAUUCGUAAUUUAAUUCCAUUAGCUGAGCGUUUAUCUUUAUCAACAAAAUAA